GAGGAAGGGGAGGAAAGGAGAAGAAAGGGGGAAGGAGGGAUGUGUCCUAAUGGCAAAAAACUUUUUUUCCCUUCUGUGCCGGUCAGAGAAACCUCCAGUCUAAAAUCUGAAACUGUAGAAGUUACUGGAGGAGGUGAGGCAGGCACGUUUUCCCUCUUGUUCUCUCAGUCCAUUUUCCUCUCUCAAGCAUCCACAGUUCCAGAGGAGCCUUUUCUGUGUGACCACUUCUGUAGGAGGUCCUACAGGAGAUGACGUUCCUCAUGGCACUUCAUCUGAUUAGUCUUUCUGUGAUGCUCUGGUCCAGCAGUCCCAGUCUGGCCACACCCCUCCCUUUCAACAUUUCCUUGGAGGGCAGUGCAGAGGGGGAGGAGCUGGGCAGCCUCAUCCCCACCACUUCCUCACCUACCACCAGUGGCCCAGCCUCAGAGUCCCCAACCACCUCAGAUGACUCCACUCACAUAGAGCACUUCCUGCUCAGCCAGAUGGUUCACUUCCUGCAGGAGAACAUGCUCCUCAUCCUUGUUGCCUCGAUCCUCUUCAUCACCAUCUUCCUCAUCCUCUGCUGUGCUUGCAUCAUGAGCCGCAAGCGGAAGGUCAAUGCCUACUACCCCUCGUCCUUCCCCUCUAAGAUGUACGUAGACCAGAGGGACAAGACCGGAGGUACCAAGCUCUUCAACGAGGUGCCAGAGAAACCCUCCAAUGGGCAGCAGGCUGAACCAGUUGACUCAAGCAAGCAGCUCCAACAAGACAUCAUGAGGGCAGCCAAGAACCUCCGCACUCCCUCCAAACCUCCCCUGGGUGAGCGAGAGGGAAACAACCCCACACAGAUAGCAGCAGCUGCAGAGAAAAGUCCUGAUGUGACUGUUCAGGCUGAGGGAGAAAUCAUAGAGAAAGACAACGAGCCAUCAAAUGCACCUGAGCAGAGCGAGGAGGAGGUAUGCCAGCUCUCAGACAGUGAGGCCCAACACCGCAGCUGCCCCAAGCAGCCAGAGAUCCUUCCAGGACAGAUAGGCCUAACAGAGGAUGACGAGUCACUCACAAGAGCUGAGCUUCCAUCUGGCCAAGGGCACUCACAAGCCAAGCAGGAAGGGGAUAGGCAGGAGAACUCCACUGUCACGCAGUCUAUUCCGUUGAUCACUGGGGAGAAAACAGCAUUUUAACUAUGUUGGACAGUGGACCAGUGGAGGCUGGUGGAAGGAGGAGCUAUAGCAGGACAGGCUCAUUGUUAUGGCUGGAAUGGAAUCAACGGAACAGAGUCAAAUAUGUGGUUUACAUAUGUUUGAUCUCGUUCCAUUUAUUCCAUUCCAGCCAUUACAAUGAGCCCAUCCUAUAUCUCAUCCCACCAGCCUCCACUGCAUUGGACAAUAUGUUUGAGCUCAAUGGUUUGGACGCUUUUGCAUGAGUGACAUCUUUAAGGCAAAGCCAUACCAAAUUAUGUCUAUUCAGUUGUAUGUAAUCAUAUACUUUCGUUUCCCAGUAGCCAUCUUUCCAUGUCGCUCCCUAAAGGGUAUAUGAUGUAACCUGAGCAUACAACCCAUAGACGCUGUAGUCUAGUGUUGUUUGUAUUUGUACAAUGGCCAAAGUUAUGGUACUGCCUUUUAUUUCCCUCUUCCACUCAUUGGUAGAGAUCAUUUUUUAGGGCAACAUGAGAUUGCUUUCCCUUUUUAUUUAACUAGGCAAGUCAGUUAAGAACAAUUUCGUAUUUACAAUGACGGCCUAGGAACAGUGGGUUAACUGCCUUGUUCAGGGGCAGAACGACAGAUUUUUACCUUGUCAGGUCGGGGAUUCGACCUAGCAAUCUUUCAGUUUUCGACCUAGCAAUCUUUCAGUUACUGGCCCAACGCUCAAACCACUAGGCUACCUGCCGCCCCUUGAACAAAUAUGGAUAAGUAGAGGGGAAGUUCACCAUGAGCACAUUAUGGUGCAGCAUCUGUAACAACUUGAACUUAGCAUGUUUCCUACAUUAAGGGAAGUAUUUUUGCAUUAUAAAACCUGUUUAUCGUU